GUGCAAUGUUAUGUGCUCAAGAGCGCAAGUGCGCAGUCAUACAUGCGCAGUAACAACACGAAACGAAGAAAAUUCACUUUUCUAUAUUCUAACAAAAUUUCUUUCUGUAAUGUUUUGACUUCUGUUAAUUAGAAUAUACAAAUAGUUAUUACAUCAUGUUUAUUAAUAGAUUGGUACACGGGUUUCGACGGACACAUACAUUGCAGUCCAGUCUUAACCCAUGGAUCUCAAAAUGGAAUCCAAACUCAGCCAGUAUUUCAACAUCAUGCAGAUCCAUGGUUGCCCAGGUAACACAGCCUGCUCCACCAUUCAAAGGUAUGUCAGUGGUAGAAGGAAAAUUCAAGGAAAUAUCACUCGAAGAUUACAAGGGGAAAUAUUUAGUUCUCUUCUUUUAUCCUCUUGAUUUCACUUUUGUUUGCCCCACUGAAAUCAUCUCAUUCAGCGACAAAAGUCCAGAGUUUGAAAAACUUGACACAGUGGUUGUAGGAGCCUCAGUUGACUCUCACUUCAGCCAUCUUGCGUGGAUAAAUACACCUAGAAAACAAGGGGGACUUGGAGAAAUGAAAAUACCCCUGCUUUCCGAUCUCACUAAAAAUAUAUCAAGAGAUUAUGGUGUGUUGCUGGAGAAUGCUGGGAUCGCAUUGAGAGGGUUGUUCAUAAUUGAUCCAUCCGGGACCAUAAGGCACGCGAGUGUUAAUGAUUUGCCUGUUGGAAGGUCCGUUGAUGAAGUUUUGAGGUUGGUUCAAGCUUUCCAGUUUGUUGACAAACAUGGGGAGGUGUGCCCUGCUAGUUGGACACCAGGAUCAAAAACUAUCAAACCAAGUGUGGAUGGUUCAAAGACAUAUUUUGAAGAGGCAAAUUAAAACACACAUACUGUCAACUAUCAUGUACAAAUUGUAUUUAUUUUUUGGGUGCAAAUCGCACGCAUUUAAUCUUUUGGUUGUAUUCAAUAAAUAUACUGUGUACUCUAAUGUACACAAUUUAUUUAUUUGGUUGUAUCUAAUAAAUCAAUUUAAUACAACAUAA